AUGAGCUUCAGCUUCAGUCAGAGCGGUGGUGUCUCCUCCAGGCUGUCUGAUGGGAUCUACAGGGCAGCGAGUGUCCAUGGAGGUGGCUAUGGAGGAUCCAGGAUCUCUAUGUCCAGUGGAGGCUCUGCACGCUCUGGGCUUGGUGGAGGAGCUGGCUUUGGUGGUGGAGCUGGCUUUGGUGGUGGAGCUGGCUUUGGAGGUGGAGCUGGCUAUGGUGGUGGAUCUUCCUUUAGUGCUAGCAUGAGUGCUGGUUCUGGUGGAGAUGGAUUGCUCUCUGGAAAUGGGAAGUACGCCAUGCAGAACUUGAAUGACCGUCUUGCCACCUACCUGGACAGAGUGCGAUCCUUGGAGCAGGCCAACAAUGAUCUCGAGGUCAAAAUCCGUGAUUGGUACGCAAAGCAAGGUUCUGCGACUGUCCGUGAACAGAGCUUUGCAGGCUUCUACACUGGUAUUGAUGAGCUGCGUGAUAAGAUCUUUGUGGCAACAAUCAACAACUCCAAAAUGAUUCUAGAGAUUGACAACGCAAGGUUGGCUGCUGAUGACUUCAGGCUGAAGUUUGAAAAUGAACUCUCCCUGCGCCAGAGUGUGGAAAACGACAUCAAUGGUUUGAAACGUGUUUUGGAUGAUCUGACCAUGACCAGAUCUGACCUAGAGCUCCAGAUUGAAGGCCUCAGGGAAGAGCUUGCCUACCUAAAGAAGAAUCAUGAGGAGGAAGUCGGCGAGAAGAAAGAGCAGGCAGCCGGCACAGUCAAUGUAGAGUUGGAUGCUGUUCCUGGAAUUGACCUCCUGAGGACCCUCAAUGAACUUAGAGAACAGUACGAACACAUUGCUGAUAAGAACAGACGAGAAGCUGAAGCUUUGUUCCUAAGCCAGGCUGAAGCACUACAGAAUGAGGUUGUCACCAACACACAGCAAGCUCAAAGCGUCAAAUCAGAAAGCACAGAUUUGAGGCGCAACCUCCAGGGUCUAGAAAAUGAACUUCAGUCUCUCCUGAGUGUCAAAGCCGGUCUGGAAUCCUCUGUUGCUAAUGUAGAAGACCGCUAUGCAGCACAGCUCUACCAGAUACAAAACAUUAUCGGUGGCAUUGAGGCUCAGCUUGCAGAUCUCCGCUCAGACCUUGAACGCCAGAACCAAGAAUAUACAACUCUGCUGGACAUCAAGAGCAGGCUGGAACAGGAGAUUGCCACGUAUCACCAGCUUAUGGAGGGAGAGGGUGGGAAGUAA